AAUUAAUAUAAUUUAAUAUUUUUGCAAAAUAUAUUGAAAUGAUCAAAAUUUCACUAUAAAAUUUAAAGUUUAAUAUAAGCUAAAGGAUACAUAUUUAAUAAAAUGAGUUUUGAAGAACAAUUUUUCAUAUUUUCAAGAUUAGGUGACACACGUUCUGGAGGAAUAUCUAUAACUUUAUCACAAAGUGAUAAAUGGAUGAAACAAGCUGGAAUAAUUAAUUCGAAAAUUACAACUGCAGAUACAGCUGUUUGCUUCAACAAAUUCAAAAAAAAAAGUUUAAAUCUUAAAGAAUAUCAGAUUUUUAUUGACAAUUUGGCUAAGCGUAAGGACGUUGAUCCACAAUUUAUUAUUCACAAAUUAAUUUCAUGUGGCACACCUAAUUUAUCAAAUGCUACACAGCCAAUCGAAAAUGAAACAAUUAGAAGAUUAACUGAUCCUUCUAAUGCCACCGGUUGUCAUAAAGAGAGAUAUUGUCUUCCAAUAAGAAGAGCUAAUAAAGAUAAUUAAAUGUAUUCUCUAAUUGUCUAAAAAAG